AUGGAGGCGACCCCACAGACGAUCGGGUUGGUCAUGGGGGUGGUUGUGUUCUGCUGCACGUUGUUGGCGAUCUUACUCCUGCUCAUCUACGGAGGUUCGUUCGAGAGGAUGCGGCAACAGGCGGAGACAUACAACGGCGUGGGCCCGAGUGCCCUGAAGCAAUCGCUCAAGCCCCGCCCCGAGCUGUACGACGAGCUCCUCGAGGCCGCGAAGAAGCUGCCGAGAGUUCCCGCAGCCCCCCCCUCCCACGCCACCGGCGGCGGCGGCAUCGUAGCGGGCGAAGGCGAGCUGCGAGGACACCAAGUGACCCUGCGCGUGUUGAGAGCGGCGGAGGACGCGGAGCGGCUGUUUGAGGCCUGCAACGGCUCGCCGGCGUUCGACCAAGCCUACGAUCCGGAGCUGGCCUUGUGGAACUUGAGCCCCCACGGCCCCUUCGAGACAGUUCAAGACCUCAAGUCUUCGCCCCUCGUGCAGCCUCUCGCGGACGGGCUGCGCUUCACGGUGUUUGAUCGAGAGACUGGCCGCGUGAUCGGAAUGGCGGCCAUCCUGGGCAACGAGCCGUCAUGCCUCAGGACCGAAAUAGGCGACAUCUGGCUCAACCCGGCGUUCCGGGAGACUCGUGCCCUGCAGGACGUCCACUAUCUGCUGCUAAGCCACCUCUUCGGGCUGGGCUACCGUAGGGUGGAGAGAAGAGUGGACGCCGGGGACACGGACGCAAGAAUAGACCUCCCGGCCGCGGGCUUCCACCUAGAGGGCGUCCUUAAGAAGCACAUGAUCGUCAAGGGGUGCAACCGCGACACGGCCAUGUUUUCCAUGGUGAACAGCGAUUGGAGAGACAGAGCCAAGGCGGCUUUGGAAAAGAUGCUCGCGCCGGAUGGCGGCGUCAACUCCAACAAGGCGAAAGCUAGAGCUAGGGCUCGGCAGACAGCGGUGGAGGCGGCGGAAAAGAGUUCCAAAGAGAAGGACGCAUGAUGAUGGCUCCAUCUGUCGGGACGGUGUUGCCUAGUUGUUGGAGACUUUUUGGUUCACGGCAUGCUGUGUCCGCGGUGGAUUUAUGGUGUAUACCCGUAGAUCUCGUAGAUGCUAGUUCUUCCUGUUGAUAAACCCGGGGCCCCGUGAUUGCAAGAUCGUGGUGAAUGAUUAGUCGGGGUGACCUGCUUAGCGAGCGCGGGACGAGAAGUCGCUCGACACCGCUCGUGCCUUGUUUU